AUGAGGGACACGAUCCAGGCAACCGCCCUGGAUGUCCUUGGUCGCGCACGUCGCCAAACUCAGGACUGGUUCGGCGACAACGACCCCACCAUCAGCAGCCUGCUCGCCGAGAAGAAACGACUGCAAGAAGCCUACGUCAACCGUCCAACCGACGACAACAACUUGACUUCUACCGUAAUCGCCGCCUUAUGCACCAGCGACUGCGGGAGAUGUAGGAUACAUAGGCAGCUCGCUAAGAGUGCAACAGGCCAGACACGGACAGCCGUUUCUCGGUCGUUACCGAUCAUCAGUACGCCGUAGGCCUUAUUAAGUGAGGACGGUUCGCACGGCCGAGAAGAUCCAAGUAUAUGCGGAUUGAAACGGAUGGAAGAACUUCCUCCCCGGGAUCAAGGCUGUCUACGGUCCCACAGCCAAAGGAACCGCUCCUAUUUUCAGCGCCAACGGAACCACCCUACUCACUGAGAAGGUGCGAAUUCUCCAGAGAUUGGCCGAACACUUCGGAGGCAUCCUCAACUACCCCUCCACCGUCCCCGACGUCGUCAUCACCCGACUGCCUCAAGUGCAGACCAACGCCGACCUCGAUCUUCCGCCCCUCCACACGAAACCAUCAAGGCCGUGCAGCAGUCCUCCGGCGGAAAAGUGCUCGGAUCGGACGCGAUCCCUUCUGAGAUCUGCAAACUCGGUGGCACCCAACUUAUGGAACACCUGACGGCGCUUUCAAGGAGAUGUGACGUCAGGGAGAAGUCCCCCAGAUUUCCAAGGACACCACAAUCGUCCACCUCUAUAAGCGGAAAGGGAAUCGCCAAAUUUGCGACAACCAUCGAGGCAUCUCCUUGCUGAACUUCGACGGUAUGAUCUUCGCUCCCAUUCUUUCCAACCGCCUGAACAAGCGUCUGAAACAGGAUCUCCUGCCAGAAAACCAGUGGGGAUUCCGUUGUUAUCGUGGAACCACCGACAUGAUCUUCGCAGUCCGACAACUUCAGGAGAAUCGUCAGGAGAUGCGGAUCCUUUGUGGAUCUGACGAAAGCCUUAGAUACUGUGAAUCGCGAAGGACUGUAUAAAAUCACGAAGAAAUUCGACAGUCCCGAACGAUUCACUGAGAUGGUAUGUCAGCUCCACGACGGCGUGAUGGCGCAUGUCGCGAACAAUGGAGCCGUCUCAGAUGCAUUCGCACCGUCUCCGACGUCGUCAUCGUCCGACUGCCUCAAGUGUAGACCAACGCCAACCUCGUUCUUCCGCCCCCUCUACACGAAGCAAUGAAGGCUGCGCAGCAGUCCUCCAGCAGACGCCAUCCCUGCUGCGAUCUAAAAACGCGGUGGUAGCCAAAUCAUGGAUCGUCUGACGGCACCCUUCCAGGAGAUGUGACGUCAGGGAGAAGUCUCCCAGAUCUCCAGGGACGCCGCCAUCAUCCACCUCUGUAAGCGGAAGGGGAACCGCCAAAUCUGCGACAACCAUCGAGACAUUUCCGCGCCGAACAUCGCCGGGAAAAUAUCCGUUCGCAUCAUUCUCAACCGCCUGAACAACCAUGUGGGACAGGGUCUCCUGCCGGGAAGCAAGUGCGGCUUCCGCCAUCAUCGUGGAACCACCGAUAUGAUCUUCUCCGUCCGACAACUUCAGAAGAAGUGCCAGGAGAUGCAGGUCCCCAUCUACUAUACAUUCGUGGAUCUGACGAAAGCCUUCGACACAAGGAACCGCGAAGGACUGUGGAAAAUCAUCAGAAAUUCGGCUAUCCCGAGCGAAUUACUCAAAUGAUGCGCCAGCUCCACGACGACAUGAUGGUGCAUGUCACGGACAAUGGAGCUGUCGUAGAGACAUCCGCAGUGGCCAACGGCGUGUAACAUGGCUGCGUGCUCGCGCCCACCCUCUAGAGUCUCAUGUUCUCUGCCAUGCUGAUGGACGCCUACCGUGACGAACGUCCCGGGAUCCGCAUCGCCUACAGGACGGACGGCCAACUCCUCAAUCAGCGGUGGGUGCGAUUCCAGUCGUGUCUAUCCACAACUACCGUCCAUGAACUCCUUUUCGCCGGCGACUGCACCCUCAAAAUCAUCCCGGAAGGGGACAUACAAAGGAGCAUGGACCUCUUCGUCACCGCCUGCGACAACUUCGGCCUAAUCAUCAACAAGGAGAAGACGGUAGUUAUGCGUCAGCCGCCACCCGACGUUGCCUACGUUGCACAUCAACUAGAACGGCGCCCAACUGCAAGCCGUGGACAACUCAUCUGCCUGGGCAACAUCCGCUACGGCGGCUCCUGUACCCACCACCACUGCACACAAUCCCAGCACAUCGACAAUCGUCAACCUCGUCACCGCCAACACCGCCCCCGGCACAUUCACUCGCCGCAUGGGCCUUUUAGGUCACAUGCGUACCAACGAGAGCGGAAGUCACCACAGUUGCGAAACACCUAGCACAUCCUGCACGCCCACCAAGCCUAACCCAAGCCACACAUCCCCGCCCACCGCCCCCUCUACCAGCAGCUCCACCAAUGAAACCGACCCUGACGCCAUUGAUCUGUCCUGCCCACACUGUCCUCACACAUUCGCCCCACGCAUCGGCCUCGCUGGUCACUUGCGAAUCCAUCGCAAGUGCCAGUGCCUGGAGCACCCAACUACACCCGUCGCAACUGCCCUCGCUGCACCGCACAUUCACCCACCACGUGGGCCCAUUAAGCCACAUGUUCAUUCAGGAAACCUGCGGUGGAUAACCGCCGGCCGCGCCACACCAUCACAUCUUCCCCCACCUACAUCACACAACGUCAUCACCCACUACAAGCAUCCAACUGCCAGAUCUCACACAAAUGGGAAAUGUGCGUCUCGUCUCCAUGCGGCUCCUCUGCUGCAUGUGUGA